CGAGAUUAAUCUCAAUUUCGGUGUUUAUAGAACAUUACAUUCAUGGUAGGUAAUUAAAAGAGUGCAUUAUCCUUUUUGAUCUGCAAAUUCUUCAUUUGAGAGAAAUUCAGUCUUGGAAAAAAAGGGUACCACUGAACACAGGACUUGCUAAUUACAUAACAAUGGAAAAAAUUCCUAAGCAGGUGCUUUCUCGCACAACCUCUCAACCUGUAUUCAGCAACUUGCCAACGGAUCGUACUGAUGAGAGGAAAAUUACCUCCCCUUUAUCUCUUCCACCACUGGAGGAGUUUGUGUCAUUUACUGAUUCACGCAGGCUGCACUCUGCCCCAGGGUUAAAUGCUGAGGUGAAGAAUGAACUGCUAGGUGGCUCAGAGGAGGAUAAUUCUGAUUUAUGGGAGGACUCGGAUGAGGGGGACGUGGAUGAGGAAUUUUAUGAUAUGAUUCCCUCUCAACUUUAUGCGAAAAUUUUAAAAGAGAAAGACAGGAUUCAUAAUGCAGACUCUGAUGAGGAGAGCAGUUUUAGUGACAAGGACAAAACACAAAGGUUGGAGGAACAGAUCAAACUGCACCAUCUCCACCAGUUGAUGAAAGCCUUCCAAGAACACAAACCUGAUGACAUUGUCAAACAGGCGGGGUCAGCGUACUUCCCGGCCAAGGUGGAGAAGAGGACUCCAGGGGCCAUGAACCUGGAGGAGUUCAAGGCCACUGUGGCUCAGGUCCUCAGGACUCAUGAGUAUGAGGAGUAUCUGGAGAAACUCUUUACAAAGCUUGACACCUCCCUAGAUGGCUACGUGGACUGGAAUGAGUUCUGCACUUAUAUGCUGUUGUUGUACAGAGAAAAUGACUACAUGAGGACCAAAAGGGAAAUCCCAUUCCUCAUAGAACCCAAACUUAGACACAUUGUUCACAAUAGGCAAGAACAAACAACAAAGAUAGUUGCUACUACAGGGACAGUUAGAUACAUCACAAUCAGCAAGGAGGGGGUUGUAAAUGUCUGGCAGCCUAGUCUUAACUACGUAGAGAAAUAUUAUUCCAUAACAAAUGAAGAGAACGACUCCUCGGGGCAGAAGAGGAGGUUUAAGACUUGGGUCACUGACGCCAUAUUCUUGCCCAACUGUAAUAAACUGGUGAUUGGCUCUACCAGUCGUGAUAUUAGAUUCUAUGACUGCUCCACAAAUCAACAUUUUGAAGAGUUCCAACUCUUUGCCAUGUCAGAUGUUCCAUACUGCUUCGACUACUGGUACGAUGUCAAGAAUCCUAGCAAUCCAUCCAAACUAAUAUUUGGAGUAGACACAGGUUACAUUCACACAAUGACCUUUAAGAAGCCUGUCUCUCAACUGUUUGAGACACCCUUCAAGAAUGAUGAAGGGGUUCAAAAAAUCUUCUGGAGUGAAAUAGAAAAAGGACAGCAAUCUCAGUUUGUGGCUCAUGAGAAAAUUUCCCAUGGAGAUCCCACUCUACAGGUUCUUCCUGACAUAGUGAAACAAGUCAUGUACCUCCCAGAUAACGAUUACAUCAUCUCCUCCACCAGCAGUGCUCAACAGUCACUAGUUAUCUCCCCUGCAGAUAGAAAGGAAUUCAAGAAAUCUUAUGUCUUCAAUAUUGACAAGGGAAUAGAGUCUUUUGAUCACAACAAGAACUUGAACAUCAUGGUGACAGGAAGUCUGGAUCACAUGGUCCGGAUCUGGAAUCCGUAUGUCACAUCCAAACCAAUGGCUGUCCUCCAGGGUCAUGCUACAGGAGUCAUUGGUGUGAAAAUUCAUGAAGGAUUGGUUCAAGUUUUCAGUUAUUCCAAAGAUGCUGUCAUAAAAGUUUGGGAUAUUAAGGAACAUUCUUGCCUGCAAACUGUGGUGCUGAAAUUUCCCAGUAGUAUUCAUGGAAGAAUGCCUGAGCAUGGGACAUUUCCGAUGCACAUGCAGCCCGCUCCCCAUAAUGCACUACUGGUGACUUGUAAUGACUACAUUGGUAUGCUCAAACUAGGAAAUAUAUCACAGCCCAAGAACCUGGAUGCUGUUACCCAUGAUUCUCAGCUCUGUGGGGCCAUCUACAACAAAACAUUCAAACAGAUUGUGACAGGCUGUGACUCCUCCAAUAUAGCAGUAUGGGAGCUGGAAAGUGGAAACAAAGCCAUUGUCUUCUCUAAUGCUCAUGGUGAUGAAGAAAUCACCUGUAUGGCUUUUGAUGAAAGUUACAGAAGACUUCUCACAGGGGCCAGGAAUGGGACUAUUAAGGUAUGGAAUUUUCAGAAUGGACACAAUCUCCAUAAGCUGGAGCCUGUGUCUGAGGCAGAAGUCACAGGGAUCUUCCCCUGUGCUGACCGGAAGAUCAUCAUAGCUGUGGGAUGGAGCCGGAAGAUUGCUCAGUAUGAUGACUCUGAUCCAGAUAAUAUGUACAUUCCUGCAAACUUACACUGGAAAGGGGGACAGAUACAUCAGGAUGACAUCCUGGCCAUGGACCAUGCCCCUCCCAACUACCUAGCUACAGGGGGAUAUGAUGGGGAGAUAGCAGUGUGGGAUACAGAGACUGAAAAAAUGAUAAUAAGACUACGCAAAGGACAACAGGCUGACAUACUGAAGAAGAUUGAGGCCAUAAAGGAGAUGAGUGUACUCAGUAAGAACAGCACCACCACCGAGUCUCAGAUGAGUGCAGAUGAUCACCCCCUGUCCCCUACUAAAAUACCCCGCCCCAACUCCAGGCACAGAAAAUCUCACCGAGUCCCCAGAGGACAACCCUCCCCAGUAGACAAACUUCUGUUCCUCCCCACACGUCUUACCUCUAAAACCUCUGAUGCAGCCAUGCUGAUUUCCAGUGAGGCUGGCUACCUCCACUGGUGGGCAUUAUUUGGUGCUAAACAUGAAGUUGGAUAUUUCUAUGCCCCUGACACCAAGGACGAAUCAGUGCUAGGAUUGUGUACUGACCCAUCCAAUGAUACUCUGUAUACAGGGGACACGGCUGGCAACAUUAAAGUAUGGGACAUCAGUGGCUACUGUAGACAUGCUGAAGAGAGGAGAAUAAAGACUAGUCCUGAGUUAAUAGAGAGCUGGAGAGCUCACGACUCAAGUAUUGUGAGCCUGGAGUACAUUGAACAUGAGGACGGGAACUACAUAGUGAGUGCCUCCACGGAUCAGGCAGCCAGACUCUGGUCAACAGAGGGACAUUAUGUUGGAACAUUUGGUCAGAAAAAGUCUUGGAACUUGAAAAAUAAAUCAAGCUGGAUGCAUCCAAAGACUCCUUGGUCCACAAAAUCUGUUAGUUCGUCAGCAGAUAGCAAAAAGAGCAGAAAACAUAGCAAGAACGACUCUGUAUCCAGUAUGAAAACGCUGACAAACAGUGAAGUGGAAAAGGAGGAGGUAACUCCAGUAGCUAAUGGAGUCUCCAGGGAAACAACGGAAAAUGGGGAGAUCGAGAGACCAAGUAGGGAAAGGGGAAAGCGACUUCAGGAGGGUGAGGAAUUGAAUGGUGAAGGAGAAGAUAGCAUAGACUCUGAUUUUAAUCUGGGUAUACGGUCUCAGUCAUUUGCAACGGGCCCUCCCAGGGUGGAAAGAUCACAGACAUUCCUUGGUUCCAAAGUUGCUCAACAGCUACAGACUAUCAAAGAAUCAAGGAUAGAUCGUAGGAACAGACUCAGUAAAGAUGUCAACUUCAAAGAUAUUCACAAGUUUGGCAAGAUCUGUUCACCAUACAGGGCUCUAAAUACAAAGGAUGUUGAGGAGAUCCAAAUCCCUACAAUUCUCCCUAUGAGCCAGAGGAUGUUAAACAAGGGCUACAACCCAGAAAACAUGACUUCCGACACCUUAAAGAACAUGGACUUCUCCUACAGCAGUCCCGAUACACCCCCUGCUGACGACCAGGCGGGAGAAAGAAGUAAGGAUAAGAUCCCAAUUAAGUCCCAGACCGCCGGGAGCCAUCGUAAACCUGUAAGGCUGACCCCGCUGAAGAAGACCAAUACUGUUAUGUGAAGGAGAGAAAUUGCAUAGUGCUGAACUCAAGUGCUUGAAUCCAGACAAUUUUGACUGAAACUCAGUUUAUUGACAAAUUGGGAGUUUGAAUGUAAAAAGCUUUACUGACUGUUAGUGGGAACUUUUCUGUCACUGGUUUAUUUAAUAUUGUACUGAGCUAGUCAUUGCCAGGCCAGAAACGUGUGUUUAAAAAAUUAUAUACGUUUUAAGAUGUUAGAAAUUCAUUGUCUGGAUCAAAUCUCAUGAAAUUGAAUAUAAAAUAUUUCGAGGUUGAUAACAAUUUUAAUACAUCUGAAUUCUUAAUAUUUUAAACAAAUUUUAAAGUGUAUAUGUCAGCUUUUGAUGUCAGUAUAUAUGCACUUAUUGCUACUUUAAGCUCAUUAACAAUGUUGCACAUACUGCAAACAUACUUAUUUGAAUGAUUUUCAUAAUUUAGCGCCCUUUUUGCUCCUUCUUCGCUAUUUCAUGUAUAUACGCCAAUACAUGAUUAAAACUAAUAUGUCAUUUUUAAGACUCAAGUGCGCUAAUUUAUGUACGUUAACAGUAUACAUACAUCAGCCUGACACCUUGACUAUUGUAAACCAACUAUUAUUCGCGAUUUGUCAGUUUGAAAUCAAUUAAUCUGCGACGAUUAAUUUUCGCGACUGAGGAAUACAAAGCAAAAUAAGUGGUUCUCAGUGAUUAAUAUUUGCAAGUUAAAGUAGGUUGCGAAACUCAGAAAUAUUUCUCGCACACGGAUAAAAAGUUGGUUUACAGUAUAUGUCUCGAUUGCAGAUGUUCUGUGAUAUCUUCCUUACUGAUACAUUUUAUUUUAAAUGCCCAUUGUCUUUCAUGUAGCACAUUGUGAUGUAUUAAUUUAUAAACUUUA